AUGGGCCCUACCGCGUUUCCCCUUCUUUUCUUCUUCCUCUUCCUCCAGGCUCGGUACUUUGAAGUCACCAGGCCCAUCCCCCACCCUAAAACCAAACCAUGUUCCUAUUUAGUCCUACAACACCAAUUUGCCUUUACCUACGGCAAACCCUUGGUCAAGAAUUCGAGUACAGAUGCCCAGGAAUUCCUAAACUAUUUGCUAAAUGAACUGGUUAACAUACUGGAGAAAGAGGCUCGAGCUACUAAGAGUGAUCAAGAAAGGAAGGAACAAAGGCUAGAAAGGGGCGUCUAUAGGGGUUAUCGGAUUGCAGCGAUAGAAGGCAGAUACUCGCAUAGGGUGUUGAACAUUCUUGGAGCUUGA